UCUUGUCAAUUAUUCUGUGUUGUAAACAAACCCGGACUACGGCAUAAAACAAUUUGCAAGAAUCAAAAUCAAAGUGAAAGCAAAUUAUUUUUAAGAUAAUAUAAACAGUUAUCAUUUGCAAUAUUUUCGGAACUCAUCAAUUUCAUACAGAAUUUACCAACUAUUAUGACAUUAACAAAAACUGUAGACCAGGCUACCAUUCUCAGUGGUGAUCGUUCCAAGUUAAAAGAUUUGCUUUGUAAUCGUUUGGCUGAGUGUGGUUGGCGUGAUGAGGUACGUCUGAUGUGUCGUAAUAUCAUCAAGGAGAAAGGCAACAAUAUAAAAGUGGAACAAUUGAUUGCGGACGUUACACCACGCGCUCGUGCCUCUGUUCCCGAUGCAGUGAAAAAAGAACUACUUAUGAAAAUCAAGGCAAUUUUAGCUGCCCAAGAAGGUAUCGAUUUGUAAAUGGAAGUUGCAGAUGGGGAUGCCGUGAAUUAACUAUUUUAAUUAUACAAACAUACUAUAUAUACAAAAAAUGCUGAUAAUACUGUUAGAGCAUCGUAUUAUUUUUAGUUAAAGGAUUAUGUUUUAAUAUCAUAAUUUGUACUCGUUUUUUGUGAAGCCCUCUUUGUAAUUUAAAUAAACAAAUCUUUGUGUGUACAAAAUUUA